CCCGGGGAUGCUGGUGAACGUGCCGCUGAUCUUGGACGAGGCUGCCAACGAGACGGCCUACACGGGGGGAGUUCACCGCCAGCUACGACUACCUGGCGGACGACUGCGAGAUGGAGAUCACCGUUUACAAGUGGGGCAGUACUGGUGGAUGGCUUAAAUUUUACGACCUGACCUUCACCAAGCCAUUCGACUACUUGCUGACUAACUUCCCGGCCGUCUUUGAGUACAUCUGGUACCCCAUGGGCAUCAACAAGAAGCCUGUGCCUCCGGGCACCUACUACAUGCAUCGGUACUGGACACGACCGAUCACCCUAAAAAAGUUCGUCGCCUUACCUUACGGUAAGUAUAAAUUGUACAUGAAGGGUCUGAAGGAUGGAAAAAGACAAGUUUGUGUGCAGAUGGUCAUCGAUAUCUACGAAGUCGGAUUUUUCCAAGCUCUGGGAUUCAAGCCACCUGUAGGAGGUUCUGCAUGGGGCCGAGGGUGAUCAGCAGGUACUUCAGCAAAGGUUGUACACGGAUAGUGGCCUAGCGUAGCAUCUUAUGUACAGCUGAAGUAAGGAAC